AUAGGGUGUAUGACUCUAUGUUGCACCUGCAUACCUCGGAGAGAGAGUACGGAAAGAGGAAAACGAAAAGAAAAAAGAACAUCGGAAGGAAAGGUAGGGAUAAGUAUGGGUCUUACAGAAAUUGUGGAAUUAUCCAGUGAUGAUGAAAGCGAAAAGGUUGGUUUCAAAGCUGUUAAGUUGGAGAAAGAUUUUGUUAUGGAUGCAAAGCAAUAUAAUGAGACUGACAAAGGUCGACUAGCCAAGCGUAAGAGAUCUCGGAGUCAUACUACUCGACAAGAUUCUGAAGAAAAUAUAAGUUCUAAUGGUCCAAGUACAGGUCAUAGUAGCUCCAGUGUAUUGGAGCAAGGGCCAUCGCCAAUGGAUGACACCGGUAUUUCUUAUGCAUCACCCAUCGGUUCAGCGCCCCUGUGUAGGCAGUUUUGGAAAGCUGGACACUAUGAUGAUGGGCUUGGUUCUAAAGUCACAGUCCAAAAUGCUAAAAAUUAUCUACAUGUGCACCCAAUGUUCCUCCACUCAAAUGCAACUUCGCAUAAGUGGGCAUUUGGUGCCAUAGCAGAGCUUCUUGAUAAUGCAGUUGAUGAGAUCCAAAAUGGGGCUACCUUUGUCAUUGUAGAUAAAACUUCAAAUCCAAGGGAUGGAAGCCCAGCACUGUUGAUUCAAGAUGAUGGUGGUGGAAUGGAUCCGGAAGCAAUGCGUCGUUGCAUGAGUUUUGGAUUUUCAGAUAAGAAGUCACAGUUUGCUAUUGGACGCUAUGGAAAUGGCUUCAAGACCAGUAGUAUGAGGCUUGGUGCAGAUGUCAUAGUCUUCAGUUGCCAUCUAAAUAAUAGGAUUUUGACUCAAAGCAUUGGACUUCUGUCAUAUACAUAUUUGACACAAACACAGCUUGACAGAAUAGUAGUGCCCAUGGUGAAUUAUGAGUUUAAUACAUCAACUGGUUCGUUGGAAAUAUUAAAUGGAAAUGAGCAUUUUGUGGCUAAUUUAUCCUUGCUGUUGCGUUGGUCACCAUAUUCAUCAGAAGCAGAUCUUCUAAAACAAUUUGAUGACAUUGGAUCUCAUGGUACUAAAGUUAUUAUCUAUAAUUUGUGGUGCAACGAUGAUGGGAAUUUGGAGUUAGACUUUGAGACAGAUCCGUCGGACAUUCGUAUUGCCGGGGAUAUCAAGAAGAUUGAUACACUUCCUGCCUGGAAGAGUAUAAAUGAGGAACACAUUGCUAAUCGGUUCCGUUACUCUUUACAUGUAUAUAUGUCCAUAUUGUACUUGAAGAUACCGGAAAGUUUUCAAAUUAUAUUGCGAGGGCAAGUUGUGAAGCCACACAACAUUGCUGAUGAUCUUAAAUAUCCUCAGUUUGUUAAAUAUGCUCCACAAAUUGGUGGAUCAGUAAAGGGAACAGCUUUGACAGUCACAACAAUUGGAUUUCUUAAGGACGCACCUCAAGUCAAUGUCCAUGGUUUCAAUGUAUAUCAUAAAAAUCGGCUUAUACUGCCAUUUUGGCAGGUUGUAAGCUAUUUCGACAGUAGGGGUAGAGGAGUUGUUGGUAUCCUGCAAGCAGAUUUUAUUGAGCCAACUCAUAACAAACAAGAUUUUGAGAGAACGUCCCUGUUUCAAAAGCUUGAAGUGCGAUUGAAGGAGAUGACAUGGGAAUACUGGGAUACACAUUGUACAUUGUUUGGCUAUAAGGAAAAGAAGAAGCUUCCACCUGGGGUUACGCCAGUGUAUCCAUUGUUACGGAAACCACUUUCUGUAGAAAAACCGGUCAUACUGAACAAAAGUUCCUCCACUGUUGUCAAUACAAAAGAAGUAUAUGGGAAUUCUGAACAGUGCUCCACAAAUCUGCGAAUAAGAUCCGAGCAAGGUUCCAAUAAUAAGAGGAAGCCACAUGAACUGGUGGUAGACCUUCAGAAUAUGAAAAGGUUUGCAAGGAAAGAUAAUGUAACCCAUGUUGGUUUCAGUCAGAAUAAUAAGAUCACUGCAACUCUAGAUGACCAAGUGGUAGACCAGAAGACCAUAGACUUAAUGCAACAAAACAAGAAACUGCAUGCAAAAUGUUUAGAAUUUGAAAAGACAGAAGAAGAACUUAAUCUCAAGGUGACGACGCUUAGAAGUAAAAUUCAAGCAGCCCAAGAUGAGUAUAAUCGGCUUUUGGCUGAAGUGAAGUCUCUAGAAGUGAAAGAAGAGUAAAUGUGUAGCUGUAAUUCUUGGUUCAAUUCUUUAGUUUGUAGCAGUGAUGUUGUAUGUAUAGGUUAAUCCUUUUUGCAGUCUUUGGCUUACUACCAGGUUUUGGGGAAAGAAAGGAUCACAGGGUCUGAGUCCCAGUUUUUCAGUCAGGCAUCCUGUGUAUCAUGUAUAUGGAAGUGAGACACAGUUAUAGCCUAUGACAACUUUCUUCUGUACAUGUAAAAUACUAUGAAACCGUCAGCUAUAAGCAAUCAAUUCUUUCUUGUUUCUA